AUGCCGGGCUGCCGCAUCAGCGCCUGCGGCCCCGGGGCCCAGGAAGGGACGGCGGAGCCAGGGUCCCCGCCGCCACCCCGGGAGCCCCAGCCGUCCCCUCAGUCCCCGCCCCCGUCCCCAACUCCGAUCUUGACCCCGGCCCAGGCCCCGCCGGGGGCGGUCCCGGAAUCGAUCGAAGGGCAGGAGCUGCAGCGCUGGCGCCAGGGCGCUAGCGGGGGCGCGGGGGGUCCCGGGCCGGCAGCGGACGGCGGCGCGGCGGGGACAGGGGGCCGAGCGCUGGAGCUGGCCGAAGCGCGGCGACGGCUGCUGGAGGUGGAGGGCCGCCGGCGCCUGGUGUCGGAGCUGGAGAGUCGCGUGCUGCAGCUGCACCGUGUCUUCUUGGCGGCGGAGCUACGCCUGGCGCACCGCGCAGAGAGCCUGGGUCGUUUAGGCGGCGGCGUGGCGCAAGCCGAGCUCUACUUGGCGGCGCACGGGCCGCGCCUUAAGAAGGGCCCGCGUCGUGGCCGUCGUGCUCGUCCGCCCGCGCUACUCGCUUCGGCACUCGGCUUGGGUGGCUGCGUGCCUUGGGGCGCCGGUCGCCUGCGGCGAGGCCACGGCCCCGAGCCCGACUCGCCCUUCCGCCGCAGCCCGCCCCGCGGCCCCGCCUCUCCCCAGCGCUGA